CAACGGCUCCCGCCUACGUUUUGUAAUAUUUAUUUUUUUAUAUUUAGUCGCUCUUCACAGUGAUUUACAUUAGUUUCUUAGCAAAAAUAUUAUAAAAUGGACUCUGCCGAAGAUGAACUAGUUGUUGUUUUACAUAUUUUCGAUGCUAUCAACCUGCACCGGGCUAAAAACACUCCAAUCCGACUUAGUGCUUCCCUGGACCGUAACACCCUGGAAAGUGGCGAACGGCUUCCAGGAAUUGCUUCCACCUCGUUCGAUAGCAAUCUUGUAUGGCAAACCGAUCGGCGUUCGGUGAAGCGCAUGAAGACCGAAAACAUUCCCAUCAAGCUCGAGUUCUUUUCGGUGGAUCGUUCAGGAAUCGCCGAUCAAGCGACGGCUCUCUUCGGCCAUUUGGUUUUACCGAUGCGAUCGAUUCCUAUUCUUCCGAUUGCAAAGGCCGACACCAUUAAGCCAAGAUGGUAUCGAUUGAUUGGUCUGUGUACGACCGAAUGGAAGAACCUAAGACCGGAGGUGCAGUUGGCAGUUUUUGUAACAACCAAAGAUUAUUUGAAGCCGGAUCGGAAACAAUCUGCACAGGAGGCGAACUCAGAGAACGAAACCGAUCGGAGUGUGGUUAUUUUUACUAAUCCUGAACCGGGAAGGUUGGAAUCGAGGGAAAGUCUUCCGAUAAGAUUGCUGGAGGACCGAGGACUGCUGCAGGUGGGCAGCUACGAGCAGGAGAGCGACAUAUUUCUGGUCAAAAUAGUCCUGAAGUAUUGCAAGCAUCUGGGAAAACUGCUUCCGGAAGAGAACAUUCCUGUUGGGAAACUGCGAAUGCGAUACCAUCUGCUGGGCGAUAACUAUCCCUGUACGUUGGAGCGAAAACCUAAUGGGACGUUUCUGGUGCAGGAAAAAAUUGUCAUCAAUUUCCGCACCUCGCUCCGCUCGUUAAAAAGGUACUUUACGGAAAUCUUCCUGAUUCAGGUGGAAUUUUUCUACGAGGAAAGUGUUGUUGGAGGAUGUUCGCUCAAAUUUGGGGAUAUCAUUAAGGACGAUCAAGAAUUUGUAGCGGAAUACAGUAAUCCAGGUUCCAGUAUAGAUAACGAAAAAUAUUACCAGAUACAUCCGUUUAAAAUCGCACAGGAGGAUCCUCUCGAAACUGAGGCUACUUCGGAUCGCUCUUCUUCUCUUCAGCCAACCCUGAAGUGCAAAUUUAGCAUCAAAUAUCUUUCUUCAGAUCGACCAAAUCCUGCUAACGUUACCCACAAUGUCAUCCAUCCAACGGUACCCUUAAAAUCUACGGCCAACUCGGAACCCGAGAAUCCGGAUAUCGCUUCACCGACUCGAGAUAAACCAAAUCAUAAUGUACCUUCGGAAGUGCCGGAUAAAACCGAUAUCGAAACAAUUCUCCACUGCGAAGAUCGUGAUCUGCGGGACAUUCCUAGAACGUUCAGCUACAAUCUGUUAGUGAAGAAUAUCCGCUUCAAUUUGCGCCCUUCGCCUGGUUUGUGGCAGCUAUCCCUUUAUCAUCCUCGAGCCGACACGCCACUGACCAAAAUAAGUAUUGAACUGGAAUCUGUGCCUUCCGAGACGAUAGACUUUUCCCAACUACAAUUGCAACUGUUGUUUUCUUCACUUCCGGAUCGAGUACUGGAGACGAUUACAGCUGAAUCUUCCAAACUCACCCUUAACGGUCCCCAUGGGUUGUUUGGUUUCGCCCGGGUGGAUAAUGCCAGUCUAGUGGUGGGAACCAAAGAGAAACAAUCGGGAGUGUUGAUCUUGGAGAAUCAAAACGGCGAAAGCAUCGGUAUGGCCACCAUCUACAGCUUCCUCGAUGAGGUUGGUAUCAACUUUAAUAGUAGGGAUCCGGGAGAUGGCCCUCCAAAAGUCAGCGCAGCUCCUUCAGUGGGUCACUUGGACGAUCAACUGUCGUACAAAAUGCUAGAAGAGCAAAAACUGUGGAUGGUUCAGCAGCGCGAAGCUUUCCUGGUCGAGUUGAAACGCAAGGAAUCGGCACAUUUUGCUCGAUUGACCGCCGAAUGGAAACGUAGAAGAGCUAAGGAAAGUGCGGAACUUGCCGAAAAGCUGGAACACACCUCUGCCUUAACAGCAGCUUUGGAAGAAACUAAGAAAAAUCUUACACUCCAAACGACUCAACAGCUAGAAAACCGCCAAUCCGUUGAAUCGUUGCGAUCUAAACUGGAUCAAGAGCACCAGAGCCGACUGGAAGAAGUUCGUUCCCAAGCCAUGCAAAUCGAAGAAGAUCUGAGACAUCGUUUGCAACUGCAAUCGAUCCGUUGUCAAGACUUGGAAGACCAAAACAGUCGUCUAGCCAAGGAAAACGAUCUUUUAAAGCAAUCAAACAAUGAUCUCCAGCGCCAGCUAGAAAGUAAUCGUUCACUCUCGGAAACAGUUGCCGAACAGAAGCGGCAUUUGACCGCCUUGGAACAGCAGCUAGAACAAACGGAAAAAUCUAAAAUGUUCUAUAAGCAGCAGUGGGCACAGUUGAUUCGUCAAGUGCAUUGCAUGAAGUUGGAGCAUGAUGAACAGCUUCGGGACGCUUUGAAACGUGACACCGGGAGUUCACGGUCUAAACGGACCACGACGAGGAAGAAGCGCUCGUUUUGCUGGGAUGAAGAUUGUGUAAAGACUACAACAGGGAUGAAUGCAGAUGAGGAAGAACGACGUCAGUUGGAAAGGGUACAUAAACUACUGUUCGAAGAAGAGAGUCGGCAACGUGAGUUGGAUUCGAGGGAGUGUCAUCUGCACCAUACCCAAUGUUGUUCUUGUACCGGUGAUCGAGGUUGUUGAGACCGGUUGCUUUUUGAUAUAGCUGAAUCCGUACUGCCCGAAUCUCAAAAAAGACUGUUGUCUCUAUUGUGUGACUUCGACAAUAUAUUUUUGAUUUUUUCUACGGAUU